GCGGGCUAGUAUCAGCCAAUGGGAGGCGCUGCUGGUGGUCGCUAAGGAAACCGUUCCACAGCAACCAAAGUCAUCAGACGCCGGGUACUGCAGCAGGGAGUAGAGGAGGGCACCAUAGCAGGCACCAUGAUGUCUGCCGGUGUAAAACCUCCCAUACAUGAGCAGAUCUCUGAGCUACAGAAGAAAAUACAGCUCCUGGAUGGCGAUCACAAGGCUUACCAAGAGGGCUCCGGCGUUACAGUGCAGAAGAACUGGGAGAACAUUCAGUUCUUACGUCAGGAGAACAAAAAGUUGCAUCGGAAGUUGGCUGAUUUGCUUGCGGGUGACGAGAAGGUGAUAAAAGAGGCUUUUCAGAGCCACGCCGUGGAGAGGGCAGCGAUGAAGAGUAAAAGCGGACAGGCCGCCAUCCAGCUGAUGGACCAGAAGCUCUGUGACAAGGUGAAGCGGCUUAACGCCUUGCGCCACCAGACGGAUGUCCGUAGGAGACGCUUGGGCGAACUCCAAACAGGGUACAUGAAGAGCGCAGCCGGAGAGCCGGGGAUAGAUGAGAGCGCGGCACAGGAAGAACAGAAUGAAGCCACAGAACAGGAGGAAACUCCUCACCAGACACUUCGCCUCUUAGAAAACAGACUGGAAAAAGCGCAGAUGAAAUUGCAGGAAUCGGAACAUAUAUACAAUGUAUACGAGAAACUUAAGGACCACAUGCAGGAGGAAAGUCUGACGUUUCAGUCACAGCUGGAUCUCAUAGAGGCUGAAAUCCUGCAACAGAGACAUGAGUUGAAGGAACUGCAGACGAUGAACAAGGAUGCAGUGAUGUCACGGGACAUGGCCCGGGCAGAUCUUCAGCACCAGGAGGAGGAGUUUCACCGUGAACGCAGGGAAAGGGAGCGGAUCCUGCUGGAUUAUAAGCGUCAGGCGGAGGAGAGACGCAUGUAUGCAGAGCGAGCAGAAAGAAGGGCUCAGCGUGUUACUCUGCCGGGUGAGGAUGCCGCUGUGGAGACCCAACUGGUUCCAAGUGGACAGGAGGAGGAAAAAGUAAUCCGCACCUACCAGGAGGCUUUUCAGAGAAUCAAGGAGGCCACAGGAGUGACAGACACCCAGGAGGUUGUGCGACGCUUCACUGCGCAGGGAGACAUACACCGCCACCUGAAUGAGAUGAAGAGCGAGAAUGAGAGGAUCAUUGUUCGGCUGAAAGAGGAAAAGGAAAGACUGCAGGAUGCCUUCCAGGAGCUGAAGUACUCCGGGGAAGCCAAGCUGUCCAGUGGUCAACAGGUUCUGGAGGAGCUCCAAGCUCAUCUGCAGAAGGAAGAAAAGAGAAAAGAGAAAUGCAAGGAGGAGCUGGAGAAAAUGUCCAAGAUCCUAAGUACGGCAAAGUCUGGAGUGGAGCAUCUAGCCAGCAAAGUCCAGCACAUCAAGGUGCCCAGGAGCUAUUUCCCCGCUAAGGACCUGUCUCCUCAUUCAGACGAGUAUGUCCUCGAUCUUCUGGCCACGACAGAGCAGAAACUAAAGAAACUUUUGGAUCAGCUGGAAGGACAGGACAUCGUAGAGGUCCUCAGACAGAUGGAAGACGAGGAGUUCCAGGCCAGCAUUGAAGGCAAACUCCCAAUAUACAAUGUGCGCAUCCCGCUGCCCGCCACAGCCAGACCAGACACGUUUGAUGAUGACGAGGACAGUGGUGAGGAUGAAGGGGACGUGGUGACUCGAGCCACUCUAAAGAGACAGUCUCAGCAAAUCAUUGAGUCUAAGACCAAGAGAAAAUCCCGCCCUAAGAAGAGAAAGGGGAAGCAGUGACCCGCGUCCUGCUAGCGACGUCACCUGCCUGCUUUCCUGUGUGUCUCACCUAUUGGUCCCAUUAGAGCAAUAAUCUUUAACCGUCAUUCUAAGUGCACUAUACUCAUGAACCUAUCCUGCUUCGUAGAUCCACUCUCCCCUUCACGUCCUACAUCAUAGCUCUACACUCCCCAUCAUGUCCUGCUUUAUAGAUCUACACUCAACAUCCUGCUUCCUAGAUCUGCACUCAUCUACCUGCCCUGCUUUCUAGAUCUGCACUCAUCUACCUGCCCUGCUUCCUAGAACUGCACUCAUCUACCUGCCCUGCUUCCUAGAUCUACAGUCACCUUCCUGUCCUGCUUAAUAGAUCUACACUCAACUAAAAAUCCUGCUUUACAGGUGUACACUCACCUGUCCUGCUUUCUAGAGCUACACUCCUCUAAGCUCAGUGUCCGGCCUGCUCGGUGAAAGCACCAGGACUCCCGCAGACACAUUUCUGUCCUUCUAUAUUGAAAGUGCAUAAACAUGAGACUGUCUCUUUCAGUCCCCCACCUCUCUCCCUUCCUCUGUAUUUGGCUUUGGUCCACUGUCUGCCCCCCUCUCUCCCCCCCUCCUCCUUGUUCCCGCUGGCGGCUCACAUCACAGCAAGUGGCACAGACGGGGCAAGGGCCACAGGAUCAAGCUCUGACAUUUCAUGGUGCUGUCGGGAUCAGAAGUGUUGUGGGAACAGCUGCUUCUGACGUUGGCCAUGGCAGGGAGUGAUGCUGCAUCGUGACCUCCACUCUUCUCUCUGUUACAAAUAAAUUCAAAUUCUCUGAAAA